GAUGUCACAUUCGCCGUGACGUCACACUCAGGUGACGUCACACUGCUGCCUCGCCGGCCCGGUUACUGUACGACUGAGAGCCCCGCGGUGACGCAUCCCCGGGUUGUCCCCCCCCGGGCCCGGUCCCCCAUGGACGAGCCCCCGUAGGGACCUGCAGCGCCUCCUCCCGCUCGCAGGGGGGCGCCCGCCGCCACUCGGCCGUUCGGCGCCGCGGGGGCCGGGCCGGGCCAGGCCAGGUCGCGCAGUCGAGCGCCGAGCGCGGCGGCGGCGCGAUGAGCCUGGCGGAAGGCCGCGCCCCGCGGCGAACGGCCGGGAACCGGCUCUCGGGGCUGCUGGAGGCCGAGGAGGAGGACGAGUUCUACCAGACCACCUACGGCGGCUUCAACGAGGAGUCGGGCGAUGACGAGUACCGGGGGGACCAGUCGGACAGCGACGAUGAGGUGGACUCGGACUUCGACAUCGACGAGGGCGACGAGCCGGCCAGCGACCAGGAGGAGAGCGAGCCCAAGCGCCGGCGCGUCGCCACCAAGGCCUACCGGGAGCCCCUCAAGAGCCUGCGCCCCAAGAAGACGGACGUGCCCAGCGGCAGCUCCCAGAAGCCGCGGGAGGUGAAAUCCGUCCCCUUGGAGCUCCAGGAUGACGUGGGAGACAGCCGGAAGCACAUGCGGCAGUCGACGACGGAGCACACGCGCCAAACCUUCCUGCGCAUCCAGGAGCGCCAGGUCCAGUCCAAGCGCAAGAAGGGCGGCCCCAACUACGACCGACCCCUGACGCAGGAGGAGCUGCUGGAGGAGGCCAAGAUCACCGAGGAGAUCAACCUGCGCUCGCUGGAGAAUUACGAGCGCCUGGAAGCCGACAAGAAGAAGCAGGUGCAGAAGAAGCGCAAGUGUGUGGGGCCGGUGAUCCGGUACUGGUCUGUCACCAUGCCGCUCGUCCCCGAGCCGGGCAAGGAGGAGAACGUGGACGUGGAGGGGCUGGACCAAGACCCUCAACAAGCUGAAGCGGCUCCGGCUUCAGCCGGGAAGUGCUCCCGCACCUUCAUCUCCUUCAGCGACGACGAAACCUUUGAGCGUUUCUUCCCCAAAUCGAAACCCCCUCGGCUUCCGGUGCGGGAGAUCUGCCCCGUCACCCACAAACCGGCCGUUUAUCGCGACCCCAUCACCGACAUCCCUUAUUCCAACAUCCGCGCCUUCAAAAUCAUCCGGGAGGCCUACAAGAAAUACAUCACGGCGCACGGGCUGCCCAGCGCCGCCGCCGCCUCCGCCGCGCUGGGGACCCCCGCGCCCCCCGGCCCCGACCCCGCCGCCCGGCCCACCCGCCAGAAAAUCAUCAUCAAGCAGAGCGUCCCCACGGCCUGAGCGCCGGCGACGCCUCCUCGCUCUAUUUAUCUCCUUCCUCCCCUUUUUUUUAUAUUAAAAAAGAAAUAAAUCCGAUUAGCCUGCAUAAAA